AUGGCCCCCAACCCGCAAUGCGCUGCCCUUGCGGCUGCCAAGGAGAAAAAAGGUUAUUCGUACGGAGAGAUCGCAAGCAAACUAGGCAAACCUGAGCAGCACGUCAUUGACGUUUGCACCGGAAAGGUGACACCGACCUCUGCCGAGUUCGAUGCCCUCGCUCGUGUUCUGGAUAUUACGGCUUCCGCACCUCACGAUGCAGCCCACGCUACCAAAUAA